AGAAUUCCGACGUUUCCGUGAGCGUUUGAAUGCAACGUAGGCAAUAAUUUCCCCAUAAUGCCGUGGGGUAGUGGAAGUCACACACUCGGCGGCAACUUUUAAAUUUGCGUUUACCCAAACCCGAUCAAACUAAAAGCAAAACAGAAAACAAUCGCAAGCGUCGAAGGCAAUAAUGAAGCAGCCAAUCCCGUCUUCAAAAAAACUAGCAGACGCUGAAAUGAUGAUCGCACCAAGGUUACUGAAUGUUCCCGACGAUUCAAAUACAGGUGAAAAUGUCGGCGCGGCUGAUGGCAAACCAGAAGUGGGUGAAAAAGAAUUUAAAUGUUCUGAAGACGAAAGCCAGGAUCAAGUCAACAGCGCCCAACAGAACGACAACAUCACUGUGUCUUCAAGCAACUCGCUUGAAAACACAAAAGUAGGAGUCUGCAGCGUGACAACCGAGAAACAUCAAUUUAACGCAGCCGAGAGUGACGCAGAGAUGGCGAGAAGAGCAAAGGAGGAGGGAGUUGUCAAUGUCGUCUUCCCGGGAACUGUGACUCAAGAAGGCUGCUGCCGUUUUGUCAGCGAAAUCCUCAAGUGCAUUUUGUAUCAGAGGCAACAGCUGCCCAUGACCUAUGACCAACUCGUGCACUCCCAGAAGAAAUGGCAAGACUCAAAAGUGAAUAAAGACGUUUGUGGAAGGAAAGUGAAUAUGGCAGACGUAAAUGGACGUAAAUGUCAGAAGACGCUUCAGGACCUGGAGGAGGUGCUGCAUCAGCUGGAGGUGAUGUUCACUGUUAGCAAGGUACCCCGGGUUCUGCUGCUCAUGGGUGGUUCGCUCAUCCUCCCCAAAGAGAUCUACGAGAUCAACCUGGAGGCGCUGGUAUUGGAAAGUGGCGAACGAUGUCUACGCAUGUCAUCAUGUUUACGACAACUCUUCCGCACACUUUUUGUAGCUGACCUUUUGUCUGAUAGUAGACCAGGCCGUUUAAUGCCCACCACGGUCUUGGCACUGGCCCACAGAGACUGUGGGGUUGGUUGGUUCCACCCUAAACUCCAGUUUAAAGUGCCAACUUCAGUCAACAAACAAACGAUUGCUCUUUGUACUGAUCUGUGCAGUUUUAGCAACAAAAGCACAGACGUAGUGGACUGGAAGGAAUAUGUGUGGUUUCAAGCACCUACGACCAUCAAAGGCUUUCGCGAUUGAGUGUAAUAUUUUUAAUUUUUACUUGUAUAUUUUUAAUGAAACAUUGCAAUAUUAAUUGUUAUUAAAAUUAAUA